UUAUGGACUUUGGUGAACUGCGGUAUAUGUAGCUUUAUUUUACAUACAGCUGGAAGACCCAAGAAGGGUGCUGGCCGUCUUGCUUCUGUCUUCUGUCUUCUGUGAGCCGAAGUUCUUAACCUAGCUUUAAUAUUUAUUUAUAUUAGACAUAAUACAAAUUUAUCAUGUAAAGAAAUAAGUAUUUUUUCAUAAACAUGUACGAUAUAUGUCACCCUAGUUACUAUUCCAUUGAAAAGUUGGGUUGUACUGAUCCUGUAAAAAUAAGUACAACCUUUUAUGCUUAUAUUGAACUAUGUGAAGCAAAGCGAUAUUGGGAAGUCAACUACAAAUUCAACGAAGUCUUGGAUUUACUAUAUUUGGAAGUAAAAAGAAACAAAAAUUCUCAGACAGAAAUAUAUAUGCCUUGGCCAGCAUCGCAUAAUAUUUCUCUUGAUAAGAUUGAAAAGAUACAAGAAGGUUUAAACACUGACCAGGUAACAUUUGUUUUCAAGUCUGCAGACAGUACCAGUAUUAUUUACAAAGCAAGCAAAGGUCUUGUAAAACCUAUGGCUCCAGAAACAACUAAAUUAAUGAAAGAAAAAGAAGAAAAGAAAUCAAACUUGGAGAAGGAAAUUAGAAAAAAUACUUCAUACUUGUAUGAGUUAGCAAAAUCUUUAAAUACAGAGAACACAGACAAUACAGAAAACAAAAAAGACACUAGUCCUAGUACAAGCAAUAGCAAUAACACAGGGAUAAAUGGAUAAAUUUCUCCCUUUCAAAAAUUGCAAGGAAUCAAAUAUAAAACCAUGCUGCAUUUCUUUCAAGAUAUUUAUUACUGAAAGGAGUUACCUUUUAUAUACUUGAAAUAUUGUAUAUUUCAUAUUACCAAAAAUGAUAUAAUUGACUAAAAUGAUAUGUA